UUUACCCACAAUCUAAAAAUUUUUCCCCAAAUACCCUAUAUCUCUCUCUCUCUCUCUAAACAAAAUUACUUUCUCUCUCUACAAAAUUAUUUUUCUCUCUCUCUCUCUCUCACCCUCUGUCUCUGGCACACACCAUCGUCAUCUUCGACGAUUAAUCCAAACAAAACAAAACAAAAAAAAAAACCCCUAAUUUUCUUUUUAAAUCCAACCGUUAAUUCCCACCUCUUCGGCGCAUCUCAGCCGUCGACGAAUCUCAAAACCCGCCCCGAAAAUUUUGACCCGAACCCGGAACCAAAAAAACAAAUUCGGAUUGUCCCAUUUUCCGUUUAUUUUCUUCGCCGGCGAUUCGGUGACCCGGCGAGUUCUUCUAAGUUAAACGAGGCCUUUUUCGGGAGAUUUUUGGAGACAAAAACUGAGGCACUAGGUGUUUACUUGAAGCUUUCUUUAUUUGAAAUCUUACUCUUUAUAGUAAGGAGGAGAUUGAGUUAAAUAUGCUACAUAGAGGGUCCAUGUGAAAGGAUGGCCUUUUUUAGGAACUAUACUAAUGAAACAGUUUCACACAGUGUUCUGGAAGAAAAAGGCCAGGAACAGAGUGAAGACAGGAUGAGGAGCUCAGUAGGGAAUGGGGAUGUUGAUGCAACUUCGAGUGAUAGAGAAUUUGAUAUAAACCUGGAUGUGCAGUAUCAAAGUGAAGCUGAAGCAGUUGGUGCUGAUAGGAUGCAAAAUGAGGAAGCUGUUAAUGAUGUUAAUACGAGAACGUCCAAUUUCCAACCAACUUCAAGGAGAAUGGCUAUGGCAGGAAAAUGGGGUUCAACCUUUUGGAAGGACUGCCAACCUAUGACUCGGGGUGGCUCUGAUUCUGGGCAGGAUUCUAAAAGUGGGUCCGAGUAUAGAAAUGCAGAAGGGUUGGAAGACAAUUCAUCAGAUGGCAGGGAAGAUAGGUUAGAGUCAGAAGAUGAUGAUAGGCAAAAGGAAGUGGGCAAGGGUCACAAGGUCCACUCCGAUGUCCCUGCAGAUGAGAUGUUAUCUGAUGAAUACUAUGAGCAGGAUGGGGAAGAGCAGAGUGACUCAAUGCACUAUAGAGGGUUUCAUCAUUCCAUUGGGCCAAAUUCUAGGCCACAAUCAAAGCCUGUUGCUAUUAGUAGCCACGUGAAAAGGAAUUCUAGAGCUUUGAAUGACAAUGAUGCAGAUGAUGACGACAAUAAUGAUGACGCUGAUUACGAUGAAGAGGAUGAGGCAGAUGAGGAUGACCCUGAUGAUGUAGACUUUGAACCUGAUUCUGGUGUCACAAUUGGUCGCACAGGGAACAAGCAUAAAGAUUGGGAUGGUGAAGAUUCUGAUGAAGAUGAUGACAGUGUUGAUGAUAUAGAAGGUUCAGAUGAAGAUGAUUCCUAUUAUGCAAAGAAACCUAAGGGUAGGCAACAAGGUAAAGUUGGACGUAAUAUAAGGUCCACUAGAGACCAUAAAUCAUAUCGUGCAUCUAGUCGACAGAGGAGAAUGAAAUCAUCAUUUGAAGAGGAAGAGUCCUCGGCAGAGGACUCUGACAAUGACAGUGAUGAGGCUUUUAAAAGUAUGACAAGGAGAGGUGUAAAUCUCCGUAAAAAUGGUGGCCGGUCCACCGUGUCAACAAAUAAAUCUGGACGAAACAGUGAGGUCCGUACUUCUAGUAGGUCAGUUCGAAAGGUAUCAUAUGUUGAAAGUGAAGAAAGUGAAGAAGUUGAUGAAGGCAAGAAGAAAAAGGGCCAAAAGGAGGAAAUUGAAGAAGAGGAUGGUGACUGCAUUGAGAAGGUUCUGUGGCAUCAGCCAAAGGGCACAGCUGAAGAUGCUCUAAGGAACAAUAGAUCAACGGAGCCUGUUCUGUGGAGCCACUUGUACGAUACUGAGCCAGAUUGGAAUGAGAUUGAAUUCUUGAUAAAAUGGAAAGGCCAAUCUCAUUUGCACUGUCAGUGGAAGUCAUUUUCUGAGCUACAAAAUCUUAGUGGUUUUAAGAAAGUUUUAAAUUACACGAAAAAAGUGAUGGAGGAUGUUAGAUACAGGAAGGCAAUCUCACGCGAGGAGAUUGAGGUAAAUGAUGUGAGCAAGGAAAUGGACUUAGAUCUCAUCAAGCAAAAUAGUCAGGUGGAGAGAAUUAUUGCAGACCGAAUCAGUAAAGAUAGUUCUGGCAAUGUCAUACCAGAGUAUUUAGUUAAGUGGCAAGGAUUGUCUUAUGCUGAAGCAACAUGGGAGAAGGAUGUUGAUAUCGCAUUUGCUCAAGAAUCCAUUGAUGAGUACAAGACUCGUGAGGCUGCAAUGGCUGUACAAGGGAAAAUGGUGGAUUUCCAGCGCAAGAAGAGCAAAGCAAGCCUAAGGAAGCUUGACGAACAGCCUGAAUGGUUGAAGGGAGGAAAGCUUCGUGAUUAUCAGCUUGAGGGUUUGAAUUUUCUUGUUAACAGUUGGAGGAAUGAUACAAAUGUAAUCUUAGCUGAUGAAAUGGGUCUUGGGAAAACUGUUCAGUCAGUUUCCAUGCUUGGUUUUUUACAGAAUGCUCAACAAAUCCAUGGGCCUUUUCUUGUUGUUGUACCAUUAUCUACUUUGUCAAACUGGGCAAAAGAAUUUAGGAAGUGGCUUCCUGAUAUGAAUGUUAUUGUAUAUGUUGGUACCCGCGCAAGCCGAGAGGUUUGUCAGCAAUAUGAAUUUUACAAUGAAAAAGUUGGGCGGAAUAUAAAAUUUAAUGCAAUAUUGACUACAUAUGAAGUAGUUCUGAAGGAUAAGGCUGUUCUCUCGAAGAUGAAAUGGAAUUAUCUGAUGGUUGAUGAAGCUCAUAGGUUAAAGAAUAGUGAGGCACAAUUGUACACAACCCUUUCGGAAUUUAGCACCAAGAACAAGUUGCUUAUCACUGGAACUCCUUUACAAAACAGUGUGGAAGAACUAUGGGCUUUGCUUCACUUCCUUGACCAUGAGAAGUUCAAGAGUAAGGAUGAUUUUGUUCAGAAUUACAAGAAUCUCAGCUCAUUCAAUGAGAAUGAGCUUGCUAAUCUUCAUACGGAAUUGAGGCCUCAUAUUCUCCGAAGAGUUAUAAAGGAUGUAGAGAAGUCUUUGCCUCCAAAAAUUGAGCGUAUUCUUCGGCUUGAAAUGUCCCCUCUUCAGAAGCAGUACUACAAGUGGAUUUUGGAACGCAACUUUCAUGACCUGAACAAAGGAGUUCGUGGGAAUCAGGUUUCACUUUUAAAUAUUGUGGUAGAGUUGAAGAAAUGCUGCAAUCAUCCUUUCCUGUUUGAAAGUGCGGACCAUGGUUAUGGUGGGGACUCAAGAAAUGAUGGCAGUAAACUGGAGAGAAUUAUCUUAAGCAGCGGGAAGCUAGUCAUACUUGAUAAGCUACUUGUUAGAUUACAUGAGACAAAGCAUCGUGUUCUGAUUUUUUCCCAGAUGGUCAGAAUGCUGGAUAUACUAGCAGAGUAUAUGUUGCUUAGAGGGUUUCAGUUUCAGAGGCUUGAUGGUAGUACAAAGUCUGAGUUACGCCAGCAGGCAAUGGAUCAUUUUAAUGCUCCUGGGAGUGAUGAUUUCUGCUUCCUUCUUUCAACUCGGGCAGGUGGCCUGGGUAUCAACCUUGCAACGGCUGACACAGUUAUAAUAUUUGAUUCAGACUGGAAUCCCCAAAAUGACUUACAGGCAAUGAGUAGAGCUCAUAGAAUUGGACAACAAGAAGUUGUUAACAUCUAUAGAUUUGUUACAAGCAAAAGUGUUGAGGAAGAUAUCCUGGAGCGAGCCAAGAAAAAAAUGGUUCUUGACCAUUUGGUGAUCCAAAAAUUAAAUGCAGAGGGCAGAUUGGAGAAGAAAGAAUCGAAAAAAGCGAGUUUCUUUGACAAAAAUGAGCUAUCGGCUAUCUUAAGGUUUGGAGCAGAGGAACUUUUUAAGGAAGACAAGAAUGAUGAAGAAAGCAAGAAGAAACUUUUAAGCAUGGAUAUUGAUGAAAUUCUUGAAAGAGCAGAGAAAGUUGAAGAGAAGGAACCUGGUGGAGAGCAAGGGAAUGAAUUGUUGAGUGCUUUUAAGGUUGCCAAUUUCGGUAGUGCUGAAGAUGAUGGGAGCUUUUGGAGUCGUUGGAUAAAGCCAGAAGCAAUAGCCCACGCUGAAGAUGCUCUAGUUCCUCGUGCUGCAAGAAAUACCAAAAGCUAUGCAGAGGCUAACCAACCUGAGAUGAGUAAUAAAAGGAAAAAGAAAGGACCCGAGCCUCAGGAGAGAUCGCAGAAACGACGUAGAGCUGAUUAUUCAGUGCCAGCAGUACCAAUGAUCGAGGGAGCUACUUUUCAAGUGAGAAGAUGGUCUUAUGGGAAUUUGUCUAAAAGAGAUGCAUUGCGUUUUUCUCGUGCGGUCAUGAAAUUUGGAAAUCAGAGCCAAAUCAGCUUCAUAGCUGAGGAGGUUGGGGGUGCAGUUGGAGCAGCUCCACCCGAAGCACAGAUUGAACUCUUCGAUGCUUUGAUUGAUGGAUGUAAAGAAGCAGUUGAAGUAGAAAUCCUGGACCCAAAGGGGCCUUUGUUGGAUUUCUUUGGUGUUCCUGUGAAGGCUAAUGAUCUUAUCACUCGUGUUCAAGAGCUUCAACUCCUAGCGAAGCGCAUUAGUCGCUAUGAAGAUCCCAUUGCCCAAUUCCGGGUUUUGACGUACCUCAAACCUUCAAACUGGUCCAAAGGUUGCGGCUGGAAUCAGAUUGAUGAUGCAAGAUUGCUUCUGGGAAUAUACUACCAUGGUUUUGGCAAUUGGGAAAAGAUAAGGUUAGAUGAAAGGCUUGGCCUUAUGAAGAAGAUUGCUCCGGUGGAACUUCAACACCAUGAAACCUUUUUACCACGUGCUCCGAAUUUGAGAGACCGUGCUAAUGCUCUUCUAGAAAUGGAACUUGCAGUUCUUGGAAAGAAAGCAAAUGCUAAAGUGGGUCGUAAAACUUCUAAGAAGGAGAGGGAAAAUCUUCUGAACACCUCAAUCUCUCGUGGCCGGGCUAAGAAAGGAAAGCCUGGAUCUCCCAAACUCAAUGUUCAAAUGAACAAAGGAAGACCUCAGAAACCCAUGAAACUUGAACCUUUAGUAAAAGAGGAGGGUGAAAUGUCGGACAAUGAAGAAGUAUAUGAGCAGUUCAAGGAAGUGAAAUGGAUGGAAUGGUGUGAAGAUGUCAUGGUUGACGAAAUAAAAACCCUGAAGCGUCUUCAGAGGUUGCAGACCACUAGUGCUGAUCUCCCAAAGGAAAAGGUGCUUUCAAAAAUUCGGAAUUACUUGCAGCUUCUAGGCCGAAGGAUAGAUCAAGUUGUUUUAGAACAUGAGGAGGAACCGUAUAAACAAGAUAGGAUGACCAUGCGACUUUGGAACUAUGUCUCUACCUUUUCAAAUCUCUCUGGUGAGAGGCUUCAUCAAAUUUACUCAAAACUUAGACAGGAGCAGGAUGAGGAGGGAGCGGUUGGCCCUUCCCAUGUUAAUGGAUCCACACAUGGUCCUAUUGGCCAAGACGGUGACCCCAAUUAUUUUCCUCCUUUCCCUCGGCAAUUUGAGAGGACAAGAGGGUUCAAAAAUAUGAGUAACUCUCAAGUGUCAGAACCAGUUGUCAAGGGUUUUGAUACAGGGAAAUUUGAAGCAUGGAAACGAAGGAGAAGAGCAGAAACUGAUAAUCAUAUCCAAGUUCAGCCCCCAGCUCUAAGACCUAUGAGUAAUGGUGCUCGGGUAGCUGAUCCAAAUUCAUUGGGGAUUCUUGGGGCUGGACCAUCUGACAACAGACAUUUGGGUGGUGAGAAGCCUUUUAGGAUGCGUCAGACUGGUUUCCCUCCGAGGCAAGGUUUCUCAUCUGGUAUCAAGUAGUCUUCAUGCUCUCUAUGGGAGGGGAGCACAGCUGAUUUGAGAAUCAUGGCUAUUUGCUCACUUGGUGGCAACUGCUUCAGCCAUUAUAUAUUCUCCCUGGAAAUUUUUUCACCCAAGGGAAUAAGUGGUUCAGAUUCCUAUUAGGUAUCCUGCGGCUGAUCUCAGAAGUAUUCAUCAAAUGGGAAAGUAUUCAUCAAAUGGGAAUUUGCAUCCACCGUUCAUCAAAGCUGGCUGAUGACGAGAGAGCCAAAAAUGCUCUAUUUUGUGCAAGGUUCGAGGAGUCUUGCUGCCAAUUUUUUUCUUCUUUUGAAGAGUUCAGUAAUUUGUUCUCGUAAAUAGUGAAAAAAAUAUCAGAAAAAGGAUUUACCCCAUUCAAUAUAUACACACAUUAGAAGAGCCUGUUAUAUGUAAUAUGCCUUUGAAAAUUGUACAUUAUCAAAUUUUGCAAAAAAUUUUGGAUGACUUGUUCAUGCCAUUUUUUA